AUGCCGAGCAGUACAGUGGGGUGUGCGGUUUCUGUGAUAGCGCAUCAAUACAAGGCCGGCAGUGCAGAAGAACAGACGGAGUUGGUUGAACUUUGGGACAUUGGUGGUUCCACCAUUCAUCAGAAAGCAUCCGCUAUUUUUCUUGAAGGAGCAACGGGUGCAAUUUUGGUACACGAUUUGAGUAACAAAAAAAGUGAAUUGAAUUUAUCGCAGUGGUUGGCAUUGCUUCGCGGCGAAUCGUUGCCCAUAACUUCGACAGCGUUUACUUCGCCGGUAACUUCACGGUCUCUGCUGACUGAUAUUGAAAGUGUACCUGUACCAGUUUUGGUUGUUGGAUGCAAGUCCGAUCUGGCGCCUGAACGAGCGAAACAGGUCUGA